GGGCAGGGUUUGUGUUAGUAAAGACUUGAAAGGUUGUGGCUGGUGAGAAGCCGUGUGCCGGGACUGAGCGCGCCGGGCAGGCCACCACCCUGGUCAUGCCGUAGACCGCGGCCAGCAGAGAUGUGGGGAGCCGUGGUGUUUCUGGACACGUGUGUGAUCCUCUGCACAGUCUUCAGUACAGCAGGUGCCACUCAGCAGCGCCAGGUCCAGGCCCAGGUGGGACACAGUGUGAAGAUGCAAUGUGUGGUGCCUGUACCCAAUAUCACCCAGUGGGGGACGUUCCGACUCUUCCUGCAGAAACGGCUGCCCUUUUCCAACCCAAAAGUGGUGUUUUCUUUCGCAAAUGGUCAAGAACAGCCAGAUCAUCAGGACUGGGCCUACAAGAACCGCUGCCGCCUUUCUAAAGGGAACCUCAGCCUGACCUUGUCACACAUCAGUCCCAGUGACGAGGGCGAGUACGACUGCACAGUCUUCCUACCAAAACGCUGGGGCUACCAGCUGGAGUACACGGGCCAGCUGCGCCUGUCCACCUGGGCUGACUACUCAAGGCCGCAGAUCUCCUUGUUCGAGGGCAGGGAUGGCGCACUUCACACAGCCGUUUGCUCCUCUAAUGGCGGCUACCCCAGGGGAGAUGUCGAGUGGUUUGUAAACCCUGGUAACCAGGAUCUCAGGAACAAGACGGAGACCUGGGCGGACAGCGACCCGCGGACCCUGCUGUACAACGUAUCGGGGCGUCUCACCCUCCCGAAAUCAGCCACCGGCUCCAUACACUGCUGUGUGGUAGGAGGGCACAAAACAGUGUGUGGUGACAAAAGGGGACUGUCAUCAGAAUUAUCCGGAGCUGGGAGAGGAGAGCCCAGGCGAAGCACAGCCCUCAUCUGCCUCGCUCUGAUGAUGUCACUGACCCUACACACACUGCAACAAGUGGGCGCCCAGGUGCAUGCUGGGUAAUCCCCUCCUGCAGGACGGAGAGGCUUCUCUGACCUCUAAGAGGUCGUGAAUUAUUUUUACUGUGAAUCAUAAUGAUUCCUCAUUAAACCACAUACGAUCUCCAUUUACUGUCCAUAUGGAGGGCAAAAGAGUGAGGAUGAAGAGGGCCCAACAGGAAUGAAAUACACUGGCCAAUCAGAACAUGGGGACCAGUGGGGACACUGACCAAUCACAAUGUAGAGAGUCCAGCGGAGAUGAAGGACAUUGACCAAUCACAAUGUAGAGAGUCUAGCGGAGAUGAAGGACACUGACCAAUCACAAUGUAGAGGGCCCAGCGGAGAUGAAGGACACUGACCAAUCACAAUGUAGAGGGCCCAGCGGAGAUGAAGGACACUGACCAAUCACAAU